AUGCGUUGCUGUGCUCAUAUUCUUAACUUGAUUGUGAGAGAUGGUCUAGCUUCAGUGAGUAAGAGUGUAGUUGCCAUUAGAAAUGCGGUAAAGUAUGUGAGAUCAUCGACCCCAAGACUGGAAUCAUUUCAAGCGAGAGUUAUGUUUGGAAAGGUAUCAAGAGGGAGUGUUACACUCGAUUGUGUUACAAGGUGGAAUUCGACAUACCUUAUGCUGACAUCUGCUUUGAAGUUUAGAGAUGCAUUUGAGAAAUUGUUGGCAGAAGACAAAUUGUACAAUGAUUACUUUAUGGAGAUAGAAGAGGAGGGAGAGAAAAGAAUUGGACCUCCAACUUCUGUUAGCUGGGAUGAAAUUCACAGGUUGGUGAAGUUUCUGAAAUUGUUUUUCAAUUGCACUUUGGCAUUUUCAGCAUCGAAGACAGUGACCUCUUCACUUUGCUACAAUGAGAUAAUCAUCAUAGAGCAACAUCUCAUUUCAUUAAGCUUCCACAAUGAUCCGCUCCUACAGAAACAAGCAAUUGCGAUGAGGACUAAGUUUGAAAAGUAUUGGGAUGGACUUAUCAACAUGAACCCACUAGUGAUCAUUGCAAGUGUCUUUGAUACAAGGAAUAAGAUGCAAUUUGCAUCUGUUUGCUUCGACAAGCUCUACGGUAAAGACAGUGAGGAGAGUAAGCAUCUUAGAUCCUCAAUUAAGAUGGUUAUGAAGAAUCUGUAUGAAGAGUAUGUCGCUAAGCAAAGCACCUCUUCUCAAGGUGGAUCCAAGAAUGACAUGGGUGAUUCUGAACAAGCAAGUGAUGCCGUUUUUGAUUUAUCAGAUGAUGAUGGGUAUGACAGAGAGUUUCUAUAUUCAGAGAUGGACACUGAGACUGCGAAUGAGGAAGCUACUAGCGAGUUAGACAUAUACUUGAUGGAGAAACGUGUUCCACGAAUGAAAAAUGUUUUGGGAUUGGAUUAUGAUGUCCUAUCAUGGUGGAAGCGUAAUAGUGUGAAGUUUCCUAUAUUGGCUGAGCUUGCUAGGGAUGUGCUUGCCAUUCAAGUGUCUUCAGUUGCUUCUGAGUCAGCAUUCAGUACAAGUGGGAGAAUUUUAGACCCUUACAGAAGUUGCCUAACACCCAAUAUGCUUGAGGCUUUGCUUUGUUUACAACAGUGGCUGAGAAACACUAUGAAUGCUGAAAGGAUUGCAAACUUAGCUCAAAUGGUUGAAGAAUUGGAGUUUCAUGACUCAUUAGGUAAUCAUUUACAGUUUUGA